AUGGAUGAAAUAAGUCCAGCGAGGAGGAAAGACACAGACUGUACCUCAGCUUUCACUAACACAAUUACUGAACGCGUUUUCCAUCAAACCCUGCUCUAUUCUUGCUCAUCUCGUCCGACAGCCUCUGCCUCAUCUGCACUAUUAUUAUCUACGAGCAGCAUCAUCAUCAUCAUGGACUUCAACGGCACCGGGUCCCGGGUUUGUGUCAACGCUUCGUAUCCCGUCCCGCCUGUCGUAUCCAGCCCCACUAACAGCAGCGGCAGGGAAGCAUACCUUCAGAGACUGGCUCACUUAGACGAAGGCCUCUACAACGACUUCUACGGUCUCUGGAUCGCGCUCAUGGUCAUCAACUCUCUCAUUUUCCUGGUGGGCACGGUGCUCAACCUAGUUGCUCUGUAUGUGUUCUGCUUCCGCACCAAGCAGAAGACCACCUCCGUGAUCUACACCAUCAACCUGGCAGUGACUGACCUCCUGGUGAACCUGUCCCUGCCCAGCCGCAUCCUGCUCUACUACAGCGGCGGCGCCUGCCUCACCUGCUCCUACCUGCACAUCUUCAGCUACUUCGUCAACAUGUACUGCAGCAUCUUGUUCCUGACCUGCAUCUGUGUGGACCGUUACCUUGCCAUCGUGCAAGUCGAAGCGUCGCGGCGGUGGAGGAACUCCGGAGUGGCCAAGUGCGUGUGCGUCUCCGUCUGGCUCUUCGCCAUCGUGGUCACCUACUCCUUCCUCUCCACCGCGUUCCAGCACACGGGCUGCUGCGUCUCCAAGCUCCUCUUUCUCACCAUGACCGAGUUCUUCCUACCUCUCGUUAUCAUCGUGGUCUUCACCUUGAGGAUCAUGUGGGCCCUGGCCGACCGUCGUCUGAUGCAGCAGAGCAGGGAGAGGAGAAGAAGAGCCGUGCAGCUGCUGACCACAGUGCUGAUCAUCUUCACUGUGUGCUUCACGCCCUUCCACAUCAGACAGGUGGUGGUUUACUUCCAUCCUGAUAUGCCCCAUCACGUCAUUGUCUACCACCUGACUGUCACUCUCAGCAGUUUGAAUAGCUGCCUGGAUCCUGUCGUCUACUGCUUUGUUACAAACAAUUUCCAGGCCACCAUGAGACAUCUCUUCCGUCGUGCAGAGCCCGAACACACCAGCGGUGAUAUCAUCAGCAUGCAGCGCAGCUCCAAGGCCUCAGGGGCAGCUGCCAAUGCCAUCACUAACAAUGUGAUCACGAUGACUAAGAUUCCCACUUCACUGCAGGGAGGGAAGAACCAUAUAGUGUAAAUGCAUUUCCACGUGGAUUGAGGAGGAGCGAAAGUUACAGCAAGGUCACAGUUGCCCGGGGACGCGGCGCUAAGUCUGGACUCUGCAACGCGCUGAGCAGUGACAGCAGCAUUCUGAGUGCUAAGAAGUCGGGGUGGACCGCAAAGAUGCUGUAACACAGCAUGAUCUGUUAUUUACUACUUGAAUAAAUUACAUUGACAAGAAACAGUCUGAAGCUUCACAUCAUCAUCCCGUCGAUAAGCUUCCUGUUAGUUUGGACGGCUGACGUUUUGACUGAAGGCAAUCCCCUGAAAUGCAACUUCAUCGGUUUUUAGCUGUAUGACUGGGCUUCCUGCUGACAAACCCUCUUUUUCAGUUUAAAUGAGGAAUUCUGGAGAGACAGGUUGAUCAGAACAACGCCUCCCAACACGACUAACAUAAAAAUACUGUCUUGGGUAGGAUGGUCAGACUACAGUGUUACACAUACUGUCCCACUAUGUCCUCUGUUGUGAAAUGACGCUUUGGGCAGCAGAGGGCAACGUUACACUCACUACUGACGACUGUUACAAGCAGAAACACAAAGAUAUUGCAUCACUCAACUCUCGUUGCACGGACAACUGAAAGCGGUUGCAGAGUGAAUGUUCUGUUCUGUGUUGUUUGUUAUAAGGUUGUAUUUUAAGUGCCGAUACUUAAAAUAUAAUUAAUUUAUACUUCAUC